GGGCACGAUCUGUAGCGCUUUUUAUUUCAGAGUUGUUCCUGCAACGGAUCUGAGCAGCAGAAUGAGCGGAAGAGGAAAGACCGGCAAGGCUCGAGCCAAGGCCAAGAGUCGUUCAUCCAGAGCCGGACUCCAGUUUCCCGUGGGCCGUGUCCACAGGCUCCUGCGGAAAGGCAACUAUGCCGAGCGUGUCGGCGCCGGCGCUCCAGUUUAUCUGGCCGCCGUGCUGGAGUACCUGACUGCUGAGAUCCUGGAGUUGGCCGGUAACGCCGCUCGUGACAACAAGAAGACUCGUAUCAUUCCUCGCCACUUACAGCUCGCUGUGCGCAACGACGAGGAGCUGAACAAACUGCUCGGCGGAGUGACCAUCGCUCAGGGUGGUGUGCUGCCGAACAUUCAGGCGGUACUUUUGCCCAAAAAGACCGAGAAGGCCGUCAAGACUAAAUAAAUUCACCCACUACUGC